AUGCCGACGGAGGAUUCAAACAUGGCUCACAAAGAAGUGGAAGCGCAAGCGGAAGCGGAGUCACCUAUGGACGCUACCACCGGUCUCUUUUCUAGUAGAAGCUGCUGCUUCUGCAUCCCCUGCUUCGGCUCCAGCCGAUCAUCCACCGUCGGACUGGCGUGGUGGGAGAAGAUGCGGACGGCCCAGAACGAAGACACCUGGUGGGGACGGAGCCUGAGAAGUUUCAAGAAAGUCCGGGAGUGGUCGGAGCUUGCUGCCGGGCCUAGAUGGAAGACUUUUAUCCGGCGAUUCAACAAGACCAGAAGCGGAGGGGCCAGGCACGGGAAAUUCCAGUACGAUCCGCUCAGUUACUCUCUGAACUUCGACGAAGGCGCAGGACACAACGGUAGUUCGGACGACGAUCGUGGCUACGAAUUUACCGCCCGGUACGCCUCAGUAUCAUUAUCGUCAAAGUCGUCAAUGGAAGAUAAGGAUGCAAUCACACUCACGUGACCGGAUUGGGCGGAGGAGGCUGCGUGGGGCUAAGGAGCGCCGGUAGGUCGAUGUGGUGGGGGAGGAGCGUCAACGUCAUGAAUCGUGUAUGAGCUGAAAGCUUGACUUUGUGACGUGAACAGGCUUUUGAUCCCAGUCAUCACUCAUCAUAACAAGUUUCUGUUCCAUUUUUUUUUUUAAAAAAAAAUAAAAAAAUAUAUAGUCGUUUUGUUUGUUUUCCGAAAGCAGCUGUGGUGUACAAAACAGUGGCGAAUCAUCGAAUAGAAGAAUCCUUUAGAAGCAAAGGGUGUAGGUUGGCUUUUCGUAUUAAAAUAUUUGUUUUUUGUUUGCUUGGUAAUAAGGACCUUUGGUGGUAUACAAAUUGGUUUUGAAAUCAGUGGAAACACAUAUUGGAAGCA